UCCUCUCUCUUCCCCACCCUUCUCGUCGUCCCGCUCCGCCCUCUUUCCCGCCCUAUCCCAAUUACCUCGAGAGGCGUGUAUAAAAGCUGCAGGGGCGUCUCACAUCGUCAGCAGUUCUCCAGCAACAGCCGCCAACAUGAAGUUCAUCAUCUUCUCCUGCCUGACCGCCCUUGCCCUGGCCGCCCCUCAGCAGGUGAGCGACCGCGACCGCUUAGCUACCAUCACCCUCGACGAGAGGGUCGACAACGGCGACGGCACCUUCACCUACGCCUUCGCCUCCGACAACGGCAUCGAGGCUCAGGUAGCAGGAGCUCCAGGACAGGAAGGACAGAGCAACAUGCAAGGAUUCUACCUCCUGCCCCGUGGAGACGGCAGCUUCGCCCGAGUCGAGUUCGUGGCCAACGAAGUCGGCUUCCAGCCCCAGAGCGACCUCCUGCCCACACCCCACCCUCUCCCAGAACACGUCUACGAACUCCUCCGCAUCGCUGAAGAGCAGAGAGCUCAGGGCAUCACCUUCACCAAGUAAAGCCCAAGUCAAUGUCUCCGUCGUUUUGAAAGGGAGGAAUGGGUUUGAUUUCCUCGUCAGCUGAGGCUUCGGUGGGGAAGAAGAUGCGUUCGAUUCCUUCGUCAGCUGUGGCUCUCAAAAGGAAAAGACUGAUUCUCUCGUCGGCCGCGGCUUUCGUAGGGGACGAAUGUGUUCGAAUCCUUUGAAGGAAGAGUGUGUUCUAUAACUUCGGUAGCUUCGUCAGAUGGGGAGGAUUGAACGAUUCUUCUCUUUUACACUGAUACCCUUCUACUAUUUUACCUCCAGAUAAAACAGCCAAAUUAACACACAGAUACACUUUCAGUUACAGCUGAUUUUACAUGUUUUGUACAGACUCCGUUUCUUAUUCCUUCCUGUGUAUCACUGUUUUUGUCCUGCGUUAUGUAAUAAACUGUUAAAUGGUGCAAUAUG